CCUCACAGGCUUCCGUACUUGGGAAGAGGCUAUCAACUGGCCUCCGGCUGCCUUGACUGCCAUCGAGACCUCUCAAUUGCUUUGCAGGGUUGCCGAUGGGGGACAGGGGGAGCCCAAUCUCCAGUGUUAAUACUAAAGAUGCAGCAGUCAGUACUGACCACAGCAUCUAUUGUGUUAACACUGCCGAGACUGGGGCGAUCUAGGUCUUGGCAGCUCCGAUGGGAUCCCGGCAGUUUUGACAGCGGCCUCCCAUUGCCUAUCUCCUGCGACGCAUUCAGGAGAGCCUGGAAUAGUCACAAUGUAUGGGCAUGUUGUUUCCCAGGAAAGUACCGGCUGUAUCUUUUGCUCUGGUCCUGCCUUGGAGAAUGGACGGAGCUUAAUGAUGUCACCGCUGCUGUUCUCCGUAUGAAAGGAAGCAGCUGUCAGGUGGAAUCUCUUCUGCUACUAUCUCUAUCGCAACCAGUCACACCCUAUACCUGCUGUCUCUACUAGUCCUUCCAUAGGUGUAAUCUGCUGAGGAGCAGUCACUGGGAAUCUGAAUCCGCUAGGAGGCCAUGCCAUAAAUUUCUCAUAAAGCGAUAGUACCCCUUUAAGGAAGAUCGUGUCCCUUGGCCAACAUUAAGUUAAGUGAAGGGCGUUCCUGUAAAGACAUGAUUUAUCCUAUUGCAGCUGAACACAAAUACAUCCUUGGAUUUCCCAGUUAAUAAGCACCUCUCAUUGUGUUUUGAUGUAUUCGGUCCCAGGCUAAUGGCAUGCUAUUAUAGAGUCAUUACCACAAGCCUACUCUGCUGAGGGGCUCCGCACGACCCCUUUGACCUCGUCCUCAACAUGGGAAUUCAGGGAUUUAUGACCUUUGUGUGUUCUCAUAGCAAUUUCUUCCAUGAAUUAAAGCUGAAAAACACAAAAUUAAUAAUAGAUGGUAACAAUCUGUACCACAAGUUAUACUUUGAUUCUGGCUUGGACCUUGUUCACGGUGGGGACUAUGACAGAUUCACAGACGUUCUUUAUAAAUUUUUUGAAAGUUUGUCUGUGUGCAACAUACAAGCCUAUGUUGUGUUUGAUGGCGGCUGUGACAUAUCCGAUAAGAAGUUGGAGACCCAAAAGCAGCGCGUCAGGGAAAAGAUUGCCAUGGCACAUAGCCUUUCAGUUGGCAGAGGUGGCAGUGUGCUUCCCCUGCUGAGCAGAGAGGUGUGCAUCCAGGUCUUAAGAAAACUCCAAGUGCCCUUUGUCCAGUGCUUCUCAGAAGCUGAUCGAGAAAUAGUUGUCCUAGCCAACCGAUGGAACUGCCCUAUCCUUUCCUUCGACAGUGACUUUUGCAUCUUUGAUUUAAAGGCUGGAUAUUGUCCCUUGACUUCCUUCCAAUGGAAAAACAUUGCUUCUAUGAAGGAAACCCAGGAGUGCUACCUUCCAGCACGAUGUUUUUCUGCUCAGAAAUUGUGCCAUAUCUACAAUAACAUGAAUGUGGAUUUGUUGCCUCUCUUUGCUGUGCUUAUGGGAAAUGACUAUAUCAGCUUGCCAGCUUUAGAAACGUUCUUUAGUAAGGUCCAUUUACCAGGGGGCAAUAACCAUAGUGGUCGAAGACAUAAACAGAUACAUGGCCUACUGAACUGGCUAUCUGGAUUUGCUGAUGUGGAAGAAGCCAUGAAAAACGUGCUGAACUAUCUUAGGUUAAAGGAUCGGGACUCGGUCAGACAGCUCCUGUGUUCUGCCAUGGAAGAAUACAGCCUUUAUGAGACUGUAAACCUUGAGCAGUAUUUUGUCAGAGGUGUAUAUCUUUCUCCAACUGCAGUGAAGCUCCACCUGCCUGAGUGGGUGCAGUUUGCUUUAGCACGAGGUGAACUGUCUCCAUUGCUUAGUGAUGCUUUGGUGUUGAGAAGAGUAUUUCUCCAUGUUCAGGUAGAGGACAUUAAAAAGCCAUCUGCUCAUUCAGUGACAAAGCCUGUUCGCAAAUUGAUCUAUGCCAUACUCCUGAAUGCCAAACAUGAGGCUCAAAAAACUAAGAAACUUUGUGUUGGUGAAUUUGACAGACUGGAGACUAACUUAAGAAGAUCCACAGUUGGGAUAAGUUGUGCCUUUGAGGACCUCUAUGAAGACCUCUCACUUUCUACUCUUCCGCAGCUUCCAUUGGAAACCCGGUUGAAGCUACUGCUAUGGAGCCUUGAUGUGAAAAUGAGUGACCUGGAGUUUGUACAGUCUUCCUACAAACUUAUACUGGCUAUAGUUUGUUACUGGAUCAGACACGCAGAUCCCAAAGUAAAACUGCAUCACGUAAAAGCCCUCAUCAUGGGAAUUGUUUGUGGAGAAGCAUCCGACAUUCAUAGUAAAGCAGUGUGGGAUGAGAUCAGGAAACUACGAAUAGAAAGUGGUCAGCACAAAAGACUGAACUUGGAAGAUGCACAUAUACUGUGCCAAUGGCAGUGCUGUGUGCAGAUAUUCAUGCACUUCAAUCAGCUGCUCUCCUCACCACUUCCAGAGCCGGAUAUUAGCAGAAUGUACAGUGGUUCUUUUGUGCAUCACAUGAUAAAGAAGCUGAAGGAGUCAUCCUCUUCAGAAGACUUGUUUCAAUCCUGUCCGCCAUUGGAGAAACUGUAUAGAGACUGCAUUCAUACUGUGAUGUCUGCCAUCCCCCUGGACUGCUUCCAGAGUAGGACAGAGGUGCCAACCACCAAGCCUAAGAAAAAAAGAAAAGUAGGCAAAAAAGGGUUAAACCUCAAGGAAGGCAGCAUGCUGGAAAAUCAGCCCCAGUGUGAUUUUAGCAGCAGAUUUGCCUGCUUGUCAAUGGAAGACUGACCGGCACUUUACUUGUGACAUAUCUUCAUACCAGCAACCCCACAAUAUGGACAGAGUGUAAGGGGGAAUUUAUAGUGCUUGUGUGUACUUCCCCCAUAUUUAUCAAUGCGGUGCCCGUUCUUCAUUAAGAGCGUAGAUCUAAGGAAGUUUCGAAGUGUGGUCUGGUCUAGAGUUUGCACAAAAUGUUCUGCUGUUGUGGUCAUUUUAGCGACUUUUUGAAGAGUUUCAUAUGAUAAAAAGCAAAAACAUUUGACUUCAUAUAGAGCACAUUUGGUAAAAGGACUAGUCACCAAAUUUUUGCACAAAUUGUGACAAAAAUCCACAAAAACCAUAUGUAAAUACAAUGAUAAACAAUGAUAUCUAGUUCUUGGACUAACUCAUAAGGGUGGAAAUAACUUUUUGUACAAAUUGCAAUGGCAUCUGCUUAAACAUAUAGGCCGAGUGUGGUAGCAAAUAGGUAAGGACUGUGGCCACCUUGAUAUUGUUUGUGCCAUGAUUUUUUUAUAAUAGUCUUUUCCUUAUCAUACGUCUGAUUUCUUCUUUGACUCUGAAAUUUUAUAUAGCAGUUUUCUUUGUGCAUAUUUGCACCGCUACCUCAUGCCUUUGCCUAAGACAGUGUUCUCCAAAAUCUGUUUGUCUCCAGCUGUUGCAAAACUACAACUCCCAGCAUGCCCGGACAGCCAUUGGCCUAAAGUAAAUUUACUUUCUGGUAGAUCACACGGUAAGUGUGGCUGUGCCAAUGCCUCAUGUGUUGUGUAGCACAAACAUAAAAUUUGACACUUUGGAAUAAAUCUAAAAAA